UGCCAUCAGUUCGAACACCACAGUCUCCCUGUCUGGACACCCAUUCAAAAUCUAAAUCAAAAUUUUAAAUUAUUUCUCAAAAUUUUAAAAGUGCGUGUGUUUGGGCGAGGAAAUUAUAAGUUUUGCAAAACCAAAAGCUAGCGGAAAUUCCCUUUUUGCAUCGUUGCUAAAGUUAUAGUUUCUUGUUCGGCAUAAUGUCUGAGAAAAUUGAGAAGUCGGAGAAGCCACCAAAAAUUGCAGGAAACUUUCUGUACAUGUUUGAGUUUGUGGUGGACGACCUGCUGAUCACACGCCAGAAUAUGUGUGCUCCGGAGGAGUAUCCCACCUGCACGGAGAUCACGUUCCGCUCGGCCGUUUAUGUGAAUCUCUGCGAUCGCGAGGUGGGCACCUGCGUUAACCCCUGUUCGCCCAAGUGCGGCAAGUGUGCCCUGUUCACGCUGGACUCCCCGAUUACGGACAAGGAUGUGCUGCAGGUGCAUGUGUACAAGAAGCGGACGGAGAGUUGCAAGUUCCUCAUAGGAGUGUCGGAGCUGAAGGUGAAGCCAAUCUUCGAUAGGGUAAAGGAGUCCUUCGACAUUGAGAAUCCCGAGUGGGAGGGGGCCAUGCUGGGGCACAUUGCCCAGUUGCCCAAGUUGAAGGGUCCCAAUAGCAAGGGCCUGCUGGACAACUGUGCCUGCUACGAGAAGCUGAACGAACGCCAUGAGCAGUGGUGUCCCACUUCGGAGCUAUCGAAGCGAUUGCUGCCCCUGUUCAAUCUCUGCAAGAUGCAGACUGGCAACAUAGUGCUAAUCCUCAGACUGGUCUGCAAUGGUCCGGCCAUAGUGUCCUCCUUUCCCUUCAGCAAGGUCUGCUCCCGCAAUCCCAAGUGCCCGCAGCCCUGCUGUGGGCCCUGUGGACCCUGUGGACCCUGUGGACCCUGUGAACCCUGUGGGCCCUGUGGACCCUGUGGACCCUGCCCACCGCCUCCUGGCUGCGGUGCCACCCCAUGUCCUGCUCCCUGUCCUGCUCCCUGUCCACCGCCAUCCUGUGAUCCCUGCGAUCCGUGUGGUCCUGGCUGCGGUGCCGGGGGAACUGCCACCGGUGGACCCAUGGAGAAGAACAAGUGCUGCAAGGGUCCGUGUGCCCAGCCCUCUUGUCGUCGCUGCACAAUGGUGGACCCGUGUGCCAAGCGCAUCGAGCCGCCGGCCAAGUGCCUGCGAUACUACUCCUGCAACCUGGACAAGCUGUGUCCCUGCGAUUACUGUGAGGACGAGUUCGACAGAGAAUGUCCCACUGUGCCAACAAAGCGCUGCAACAUGUCGCCCAUCGAACAAAAGCUGCAGAAAUGCGGUCCCUGUGGGGGCAUUCCACCAUAUCCCCGCUUCGUCCAGGAGAAGUUGGAGGCGGAACUCUUGAACAAGCCGAGCAAAGAUCCCAAGAAGGAUGGCAAAAAGGACAAAGAUGGUAAGGACAAGGACGGCAAAAACGGCAAAGGCAAGAAGAAGCGACAGGCAGGAGGUGCCGUUUACUGCGUUGGCGACCACAAUGGUCCUUCUGCCGUUUACGAGGAAUGCGAUCCUGUCUGCAGUGGUGUCCUCCAGGUCACCCGAAAAAUGAGGUGCAAGGAGCCGAUUGUCGAGUGCAACAGGCGCGGGGAUGAGUACAACAUGGCCUGCGAUGAAGCGCGAAAACGGGCUGUGCGUAAAUUGCGCCGUUUGUUGGUGAAGUACAAUAUCAAAAUUGAGAAUUAAAGGCCUUUCGAAUAUAACACAACUCUUAAGACAUCUGCAGAAG